CGCUCAUCUCUGAUGGGGGAAGCCAUGUUAGUGCCGUGAGCUAUUUAAAUCACCCUAGUUUCAUAAGGAAAGGCUGCGACUAGCACGUUUUGGGGAGAUUGAAUCGCUCGCGAAGCCCCGUCGCGCGGAAUCGGACACCCCUCUGUGUUUUUCCAACAGCACACUUUUCACCAUUAAAAUAUAGCGGCUUUUCCCAACCACUGUAAAGGAGAGCAGUCCAAAGGAUAAAGGAAACAGAGUAUCAUUCUUGCACCUAAAACAUAUGAUGUCGAAUGAUAUCGCAAGAAACAUAGCCCUACACGUGUGCCGAUAUAAUGUCUAUGAGGACUGAAGCUGCUUCUCAGAAGAGAUCUAUGUGUCGCUGCAGCCAGCUGCGGUUAUUAUUUGAUCCACUGCUAUUUUGUAACGCAUUUAACUCGCUCCACUUAUACACCGCAGACGUGUUUUAAAGCGUUUAUUCUAGUGGCUCUCUAGCACACAAGAGUCUGUGGGAUUUUAAGCUCUCUCGCUUUCUGUCUUUGGCCAGGAGCUUGAUAAAAUAGCUCCCCUCCCCCAAAGCUUUGGCGAAACAGGAACAACUUCUUCGAGAGAAAAAAGGGCUGCACAAGUUUGGGACGUCUUGGAUCCGCCGUUUGUCCAUUUGUAGUCCGGAGCUGAGAUUUUUUUCUUCUACACCGAUUCUUUAGGUUUUAUUGAGGAUUGUCGUCUUCCUUUGUUAGCGAGAAGGCUCUGGCAUCCAUGCUCUUGAAUUUUUUCUUUGGAAAAUGGGAUACCUCUAGGAUUAUAAAAAGGGGAAUGCGCUCGCUUGUGGAAUAACUUCACUUUUUUUCAGUGGGAAUGGAAUUGGCUGAGCCCUGAUUUAUUUUCUUUAAUUGCAAAUGCAUUGGGAAAAUUGCUUUAUGUGGAAUAUUUGCUGUUGUCGUGCUCAACAUGGGUGUUCGGCUAGAGUCUGUGAUCUCCUGAGCUCACUGGUUUAAUCUACAGGAGAAGAGGCGCUCACAAAUUUUCACAGUGGAAAUUAUUUGCAUGGUCUUCAGAUGAGGGAGAACGGGAGACUCUGAAACCUGAGGGGUGUUCGAGAUCGUUGUGCGGUUGGUGGUGUUCUGUUGCAGUCAGUGCAGUCAUGGCCACAGCUAUAUCGUGACAUAGAGGGACAUGUGUGGCCAGGGGCUGUGAGGGCUCCCUGGGGAGACUCCAGACAAGCCCACACAGAGAAUGCUGGAGGUGCAGGAGGAGAGACCAGCAGCAGCCACGGCAAACACCGCAGCUACCGGAACCACAGGAAACACAUCAGGCAGGAAGGAGAGGGCCAAAGAACGGCAAGAGGAGGGCCAGGACUGUAGCAGCCCUGUUGCAACCCCCAAUACUGGGCCCCGGAGCACCCGGGCCAAAGCUACGCCCAGCACUACACAAACACACACCCCCAGUCCCCAACAGCACUCUACUGCUCCUGCCUCUGUCGCACUGGGACUGACGUCAAUGCAUUCCAGCAACCCCAAAGUGAGGAACUCUCCAUCGGCUAACACUCAGAGCAGUCCGAAAUCCAAGCAGGAGGCCAUGGUGAGGUCUCCACCUGUGAUGUCCCCCUCCAGCGCCGCACAGAUGGACUCCAAACUGCCCAACCAGGGAAAGCAAGGGGGCGCCGGCAGCCAAUCACAGUCGUCUCCUUGUGACCCCAAGUCACUGAGUGGAAGCCACACACCCAAAGGUCCCCAAGGCCCCAUAGGGAGUAUGGGACUCAAAAAUGGACAAGGCCUGAGUUCAGGCAACGGGGCAAAAGGCAAGAUUAAAAGAGAGCGAAGCACUUCAGUGGAGUCAUUCGAACAAAGGGAUACAGGAACGCCAAACAAUGAAGGGGAUCAGAAAGAAAUGGGCAGUAGAGCGAAAAGGUUAUGUGUUGGAGAGCGACGGUUGCCCUACAGCGGCGCAGAUUGGUGUUCAGGUGGAGAGAGUGAUGAAGACGACCCAGGAUUCUUCAACUGCAACUCUGCUGACAUAAAGACAGAUCCUGGUGCUCUUUCUGCCUCUACGCCUACCCACAAUACAGUAGGGGGACAGAGUACAGCGUCUGAAUUGGGAAGUGGGCAGAAACCAGGGUCAAAGGUCGUUUACGUAUUCACCACAGAGAUGGCCAACAAGGCAGCAGAUUCAGUAAUAACGGGACAUGUAGACAAUAUCAUCACUUACCACAUGAAUAAUAUCUCUAAUGGCAAGGGUGGAAAACCCCAGCUCCCCCUGAACAAUCAGAUUGGGUCCCUCAGAAGUGACACUAAACAACAAGGAGUUCCAUCCCAGCAACAGCCCUCAUCUCUCGCCAGUGAUCAGAACCACCAAGCAGCCUCUAAAGUAGCGCAGUCAGGCCAGCAGCAACAACCUCAAGUGCAACCCACCCAACCUCAGCAACCAGCCCAGGGGGCAAAACCAACUAGCCUGCCUCCAGACAAUGCACCUUCAGCUGGUUUAGACUCUAAGAGCCUCCCCAGCAGUAGCCCACAGGAUGGUGCUGGAUCCCAUGAUGGUAGCAACUCUGCAGGGACACCUGGUAGCCAGGCCUCCAACCAGCCUUCCAAUGCUGGCCCUCAACAGAACUUCCUAUCCCUAGAUUUACCUAAAGGGGCAGAUGCUAAGCUCACAGCUCAACACCACCAGCAGCUGGCUCAUGAAAUCAUGUCUAGCAUGGUGGACAACCCUGAGGGCCUUUCCCAAGAGCAACUUGAACACAGGGAACGUUCCUUACAGACUUUACGUGAUAUACAGCGAAUGCUCUUCCCAGAUGACAAGGACAUGGCUUCUAUGGGCCAAGGGAAUAUGGGUGGACCCCCGCCCAAUUCAGCAAUGAUGGAAGGAGGACCCAAGAAAACCGAACAAGGGCCUCUCCAAGCCAUGAUGGCCCAGUCAAAAAGCCUUGGGAAGCCAGGUGGUCCAGGAGGACCACGGCCAGAUGGGCCUCCCUUUGGUCCACCUGGUCCUAGAGACAUGCCCUUUCCUCCAGAUGAUCUUGGACCCCCUCCACCAGGUCCAGGACCUAUGAACUCACAUCCAGGUCCUGGUGGAGAGCAUGGAGACCAUUUGACCCCAGAGCAGAUGGCUUGGCUUAAACUACAGCAAGAGUUCUAUGAGGAGAAGAAGCGCAAACAGGAACAAAUGCAGCAUAGGCCAAUGGGAGACAUGAUGCUUCAUCAGGGUGGACCUAGAGGAAUGAUAAGAGGCCCACCGCCACCCUACCAGAUGAAUCCUGGAGAGGUGUGGGGGCCUGGUGGCCCUGAACCAUUCCCUGACCAGAUGAACAUGGGUCCCAGAGGGAUGCAUCCACACAUGCAGAGGAUGCCUGGUUUCCCUGGCAUGAUGAACCCUGACAUGGAAGGAGGGCCCAAUACUAUGCCCAGACCUGGAAUGAACUGGCCUGAUGAAAUGCCAAAAAUGGGGGAUGGGAGAGGAUUCCCUCCUGGGCAAGGAAUGUUUGGAGGUCCGGGUGGAAGGGUGGAAAGAUUCCCCAAUCCUCAGUCUGUACAGGAAGCUAUGUUCCAUCAAAGUAUGGGUGAUAAACAAGGCAUGGGUCUGACACCUGGCAUAAUGAUGGAGAUGAAUCGAAUGAUGGGUAAUCAAAGACCCAUGGAGCCUGGAAAUGGAGGUGGCAUGAUUUUUCCCAGAAUGCCAGGUGAUGGUCCCAUGAGUCCCUCCUCAAGAAUGGAGUUUGUGAAAGGUCUUGGUCGAGACAUGAAUGAAUUUGGCAUGGGACCUGGCCCUCAGAUGAUGCUCCCUAAGUUGAGAGAACCACCAAUGAACCUUAGUCCAGAGGAAAUUAUGAAGAUGAGGCAAGGUGGAGGUCCAAUGCCUGACAAUGUAGUUCCUUCACAGAGAAUGAUGCAGGGGCCUCCUUUCCCAGACCAGCCCCAUGCAGGAGACCUUAACAUGGUACCUAACCGACAAUUCCCUGGCAUGUGUCCCCAAGGCCCUGGAAAUCAAAGAGGUCCCAGAGGCGAGCCACCCUUUGGACCUGACCAAAGAGGAGGUAAUGUGGGUGGAAAUGGUCGUCUCAGUCACAUGCCUCAUUUACCACCGAACCAGAUUCCCAACAGCUCAGGGCCUCCACCUGGCCAGAGGAAUAUGAGUCGCAAGCCCUCAGACCUGAAUGUCCAGUGUGGCCCUGCAAACUCACCCAACAUCAAUGUCAACCCGCUAAAGUCUCCAACACUGCGGCAGGUUCAGUCACCAAUGCUGGGCUCGCCAUCAGGUAACCUCAAGUCACCACAGACACCGUCCCAGCUUGCUGGUAUGCUUAGUGGACCAUCAGCUGCAGCAGUAGCAGCAGCGGCAGCCAUUAAAUCUCCUCCCAUGAUGGGCUCAGCAGGGGCAUCACCCGUCCAUAUGAAGUCUCCUUCGCUUCCUGCCCCCUCCCCUGGCUGGACGUCAUCACCCAAGCCACCCAUGCAAAGCCCAGGAAUCCCUCAGAACAAGCCUCCCCUUAAUAUGACAUCACCAAAUAUGAUGGGCAAUAUAGAGCAAGGUGGUAAUCCUCCUUCCUCAGCUCCUCCUUCCAGUAGUUCCUCCAGUCAGCCAGGUGGCAUGAAUGUGCCAGGAAUUCUUCCAUCCAGCAGCCCCUACACAAUGCCCCCAGAGCCAACGUUAUCCCAAAAUCCACUUUCCAUCAUGAUGUCCCGCAUGUCCAAGUUCGCAAUGCCCAGUUCUACACCCCUUUACCAUGAUGCAAUUAAAACCGUGGCUAGCUCUGAUGAUGACUCUCCGCCUGCUCGAUCGCCAAACCUGCCAUCUAUGAACAACAGCAUGCCCGGUAUGGGUGUGAACCAUCACCCAGGUCAUCCUCGAAUGAUGACGCCCAACUCUUCUGGCCCCAUGCCUUCCCUCAGCCCAAUGGGGAUGAACACUAUGGGUUCCCAGCCACUUUCCCAUGGCAUGCCAAACCAGAUGCCCUCGCCCAAUCCUAUGGGCCCUAAUAUGCCUCCUCACUCUGGGCCUAUGGGUCCAGGCAUGAUGGCUCAUGGUAUGAUGAUGAACCCAGUCUCCCAAGACCCUGGCAUGGGCAACCAGAUGAUGCCACAAGGGCGUAUGGUUCUUCCUCACCGAGGACAGGGCUUCCCUCCAGGACAAUCACCUCCACAGCAGGUUCCCUUUCCUCACAAUGGUCCUGGGCACCAGGGUGGCUUCCCUCAUGGGAUGGGUUUCCAGGGAGAAGGGGGCCCACUGGGCAGGAUGGGCAAUAUGCCUCAUGGACCUGGUGGUGAGCCAGUUAUGUGUAAACCUAACACUCCAGGAGGCCAGGAGUUUAAUAACAUGCCGGGUGUCUUCAAUGACUCGGAUUUACAUGAGGUCAUGCGACCAGGUGCAUCAGGUAUCCCAGAGUUUGACCUCUCUCGAAUUAUCCCUUCAGAGAAGCCAAGCCAGACUCUGUCUUACUUCCCUCGUGGUGGAGAUGCCCCUGGUGGGAAGCCACCACACCCGUCUGGCUUUCCCCACAUGCAGGGGAUGAUGGGUGAGGGCAAUCCAAGGAUGGGCCUCCCCAUGCAGGGAAUGGGUGGUCCUCCUGGCCCUGGACAUAUGGGACCACAGGAAAUGCCCAUGGGUAAUCCAGGCCACAACCCCAUGAGACCCCCAGGUUUCAUGGGUCAGGGUAUGAUGGGGCCACAGCACAGGAUGUUGUCUCCUGGCCAGCAGCCAGGAAUGAUGGGAGGCCCUGGAAUGAUGCAAGGAAAGGAAAGGCCAAUGUACAACCACCCUGGCCCUGUGGGCUCUCCUAACAUGAUGAUGUCACUACAAGGGAUGAGCGGUCCUCAGCAGACUAUGAUGAUGUCCUCUCAGAUGAGGCCUCGAGGAAUGGCAGCAGAUAUGGGCAUGGGUUUUAACCCUGGCCCAGGGAACCCUGGGAAUAUAAUGUUUUGAGCCUCCACUACAGUUAUGAACAGUCAGGAAACUGUGUAACCUGUGAAAUAAAAACCUUCUUAAUGAAAGACAAAGACUGUGUUAUUAAGCAGAUAUAUGUGGAAACUGGGACAUUUUCUGUGCACAUACACACCCUGACACCUGGUUAGAAUAAGGGAUGUGUUCACAGGGAAUCUUCUCAUUUAACAAUUGAAGGUGUGAGAAGCUAGUUGCGCUUUCCUCAAAGUUGGGCUCAGGUCCGGCACUGUUUGGAACAGACUUUUUUCUUGAGAAUGUAUAUGGAAUUUACAAGACCGACUCAUGACGAGGAUAUUUGUUUGACAUUGUGGACAAGGUGCCACAUAUAAAGUCUACAGCAAACCAAGGAUGAACGUUUAGGGGUUUCAUUGUACUUUUAUACAUAGGUGGAAACCAAGAAAGAUUGUUGGAAAAAGAAAGUCCAAGAACUCAAAGAACAGACAUGAAAGUGGAAAAGUCAAGGAACAUUUUGUCACAAGGUGCACCGUCUUGGCUAUAUGUUUACAUCUCAUCGCAUCACUUCCCUCCAAACAGGAAAUGCUCUUUGUAUGUGUGUACUGUACUUGUGUUGUUAAAGGGAUUCUACCAGUGAUUUCUAUAGUUUUUUUUUUUUUUCAUCUUCAUUUGUAUAGGGGGGAUUGAGGUGGUUGUUUGUGGACAGUAGGUGACACAACACCACCACAAAAUACUGCGUACUGUGGGGCAUACAGAAUAUUUUAAAUUUAAUUUUCUUUGCUACUCCAGUGUAUGAUAAAACCAAACUAAGACCUCAUACAGAUCAUAGUAUUAUUAAAAAAAAAGCACAAACAAGAAUUAACUGUAAAGAAUAAAGUGUUUUCUUUUCUCCUUUUUUAUUGUAGAGAAAAACACUUUUUGACAGUCAGUAGGAGCAGUAAUCAGAUGUAUGCAGUGUGAUCUCCUGUUCCUGUUUUAGAAACUCUGUAAGCUGGUCUGGGUACAGGUGAGGGUGACUGUGGAGGGGCAUUUUUGAACCCCAUGAACCAGCACUCAGUUCUGCAGUAACGCUCAGGCUUCUGUCUGUAUAUCCGGGACUGCAGUCAGGCUGUAGCUGUUUGCCAUCACUGCGAAAUACAUUGAAAAGAUUUUUUUUUUUAAUUGCUUGGCUGUGUACAGCUGUAAAGUGCAGUGCUGACAACAUCUGAACUACUGGAGGGUGGGCUUUCUUUCUUUUUUUUAUUUUGUAGAAAACAAAUGACUAUUAAAAAAGAAAAAAAGCUAAUAGGUUGUCCCUUUUGUCCCUGCCCCUCCUGUGUUGAUGCUUGUCAUGUGUAACUCCAUUGAAUUUGGUACUGAACCACUUCCAAAGGCUGGGCUGUGGUGUUGGACUACAAAUAAAAUAUAUUGUUUGGUAUAAA